UUUGCCUCAAAAGAAAAUGCCAAAUGCGCGUGAAAUAAUGUUCGGUAUAUCUGCUGGCUUAUUUCCUCGGUCUCCAACGGCGGCUGCAAUUGGGCGGCGCCGCCUCCUUUCUGAAUCCUCCUUUUCCAUUCCGUGGUGGUAUAAUAACAAAAGUGGAUUAAGAUUGAAGGCAAUGGCCUCAAUUUCGACAGAUGUAGAAAAACCCCGGAAACCCUGGCUUUUCGUUGGCCUCGGCAACCCCGGGAAGCGCUACAGCGGCACUCGCCACAAUGUGGGAUUUGAGCUGAUUGACUAUAUAGCUGAAGCAGAAGGGAUUUCAACAGGCUCCAUCUCCUUCAAAUCUGCUUUUGGGAAAGGUUUCAUUGGGGAUGUUCCAGUUAUGCUUGCUAAACCACAAACUUUCAUGAAUGCUAGUGGUGAGUCUGUUGGUGCUCUUGUUUCAUAUUAUAAGAUCCCAUUGGAUCAAGUCCUCGUGAUGUUCGAUGACAUAGAUCUGCCAUUUGCGAAGUUGAGACUAUUACCUAAAGGUGGACAUGGAGGACAUAAUGGGAUGAGAAGUAUUAUAACUCACCUCAAAGGUAGUCGGGAUUUUCCUCGCUUGCGGAUAGGCAUUGGAAGGCCUCCAGGGAAGAUGGACGCUGCAAGCUUUGUUCUCCGACCUUUCAAUAGAGAAGAACGUGAAGAGCUAGAUUUCACAUUCCAAAAUGGAUUAGAAGCAGUUCGAAUUCUUGUGCAACAAGAUUUCAAUAGAAGCGCCACAUUUGUAAACAGCGCCAAAUCACUUCACACAUUGUAGUGAGUUGACUUUUUUCUGAUUUACAUAGCUUGAUGGGAGAUGGGAACAGAUUCAAAGUACCUUAGAAACAAGAUCAUUACUCAUUAGCAUUAUUUGGUGAAGUUGAAAACAGUUGCAAACUUUCAUGUCGGAUAUAUAGAGAAGAUUUAUUA